CCUUCUGAAGCCGUACUCUUCAGUCUCCGAGAAAUGUCAACAAAAUGACGAUUUUUAGUGUCUAUAUUAUUAACAAAGCUGGAGGCUUAAUUUAUCAAUAUGACCACAGUACACCACGUCCAGAAGUAGAAAAAACAUUUAGCUUUCCACUGGAGUUGACAUUAAAAGUUUUUGAUGAGAAGAUAGUUGUGGCAUUUGGUGAAAGAGAUGGUAUAAAAGUUGGCCAUACACUUCUUUCUGUAAAUGGAAUUCCAGCCGAGGGAAAAAAUCUCCAAGAUGGGCGUGAUAUACUAGAAGUUCUUUCUGCGGAUGAAAACUUUCCGAUCAAUAUAAAAUUUGGUAGACCCAAGUUAACAACCAAUGAGAGAAUUAUGUUAGCCAGCAUGUUUCAUUCACUAUUUGCAAUUGGUUCCCAGCUUUCUCCAGAGCAAAGGUCAUCUGGUAUAGAAACUUUGGAAACAGAUACAUUUAAACUCCAUUGUAUGCAGACUAUGACAGGAUUAAAGUUUAUUGUGAUAGCUGACCCACGUCAGGCAGCAGUAGACGUAUUGUUGAAAAAAUUGUACGAAGUGUAUGCAGACUUUGCCCUGAAGAAUCCAUUCUACUCAUUAGAUAUGCCAAUAAGGUGCGACUUGUUUGAUACUAAUCUUCAGUCGUCUAUAGAACAGGCAGAAAGACUGGGAAUCAGUAAUGUUUGAAUGGUGUAACUUUACAAGUACUAGUUAUAAUCCCUGACACAUCAUAAGAAAAGUGUGUAAAAGUCGUGAUUUUAGAGUUCAGUGGACUAAUUAUUUAUAAUUAAUACAUACUUUUGUUUGGAAAUUUAUUUUAUAUGAAGUUGUGGUUAUCUUUGAAAAUUGUAGCUUAACUGCAGAAGUGAAAGGUUAGAAAAAUAUGAGUGUUACUGAAGCAGAUGAGAGAUGAAACGAGCAUUGCAGGACAAAUUAAGAAAGAAAAUUAUGAAAAAAAAAGAAAUAGUUUAAGUUAAACUGUAAUGCACAUGUAAACAUUGCUUGAAUGUCAGUGCAGGUCAUUUGAGUAGAGCAUACAAUAUUAUUAUCCCCCGACGAAAGUCGGAGGGAUAUAGUUUUGGCGUUGUCUGUAUUUCCGUCCGUCUGUCCGGAGCCAUAUCUAGGAAAUGGUUGGGAAUAUUUAAUUAAAACUUCAUAUACAUGUUCACCACAAUGUGUUCUUGCGGCCCAUCAAGUUUCAGUCAGAUUGCCCAAGUAAUACCAGAGUUAUGGCCCUUAGAAGUUUCUAGUGUUAACUAUAUAGGGUACUAUAAAUGUGGCAAUUUCUGCAUCAUAACUUUUGAUAUAUUUGACCUAGAACUAUGAAACUUAAACAGAAUUUAGAUCACCAUAAUGUGGUUGUGUACACACAAUUUCAUUUGGAUUUAUUUGUAAAUUAAGAGUUAUUGCCCUUUAAUUGUAUAAAAAUCCACAUAUUUGUACAUAACAAACUUACCAAUUGGUAGAAUUUCAUUAAAUUUCUUUCAUUCUUUUCCAUGAACAUUUAUUGUAAACAUGUGAAGUUGUGUACCCACACCUGGUCACCCCCUUACCUUGAUCACACACCUCCCCCCUUAUCCCCUGACACUCCCCCCCCCCCCCCCCCUCCCCUCCACCCCCAAAAAAAGAAAAAAAAUUCAUUCCUUAUUUUAGAUUUUUUUCAAACAAACUUCAUAUACAUGUUCACCACUAUGAGGUUAUGGGGCCCAUCAAGUUUCAGACAGAUUGCCCAAGUAACACCAGAGUUAUGGCCCUUAGAAGUUUCUAGUGUUAACUAUAUAGGGUACUAUAGAUCUAUAGAUAUGCCAAUUUCUGCAUCAUACCUUUUGACAUAUUUGACCUAGAACUAUGAAACUUUAACAGAAUUUAGAGCACUAUAAUGUGGUUGUGCACAGACAAUUUUGUACAGAUUUCUUUUUGUAACUUCAGAGUUAUUGCCCUUUAAUUGUCUAAAAAUCCACAUAUUUGUACAUAACAAACUUACCAUUUGGCAGAAUUUCAUUAAAUUUCUUUCAUUCUUUUCUGUGAACAUUUAUUAUAAACAUGUGAAGUUGCACACCCACACCUGGCCCCGUGUUCACAAAACAUUUUUCGGUCUCAGCUGAGUUUGAGUUUGAAAUUUUAAUAUCAAUUUUACUAAAACUUCAAAGUUAAAUUCCAAUUGAGACUGACCAUCAUUACUGAAAAGUCGCUUGAAAAUCGUUAUUAACUUAAAAUUUAGUUUUAAUCACGCUAUUUAGAUAUAAAUGACAAAUAAAGUUUCAUUAUCAAACUCAGUUGAGAUUGAAAAUGUUUUGUGAACACGGGGCCUGGUCACCCACUUGCCUUGGUCACACCCCCUCCCCCUCCCAACCCCCCCUCCCAAAAUUCUUCUUUUUUUUUCAUUUCUUAUUUUAGAUUUUUUUCAAACCUUCCAAGUUGUGCCAUUCCCCCACCUCACUUCUCCAUCCAGUCAUGCCCACCACUGAUCAUGCAUCCUCUGCCCCCCCCCCCCCCACCCCCACCUCCAACUUCACCCUUUUACCUUUUUUUUUUUUUUUUUUCAUUUUUAAUUUUCAAUCAAUAUUUAUAAUCAACAUGUGAAAUGUUGUUUCCUCUCCCUUUCCCCUGCACCCCCACCCCCUAAAAAAAUAAAUAUAUACAUAUAUCUAUAUAUAGAUAUAUAUAUAUUUCCAUUCCUUUUUUUUUUUAAAUGUUCAAACCUUCAACAUGUUAAGUUGUGACUGCACAAACCUUGCCCUCAGCCAUGUUCAAGAUAUCUUACCAGUGUUCUCUUAAGGACAUCUGAUCUUUUAAGUUCAAAUGUACAUGUAAACAGCAACACCUGGUGCCAAACCACUCAAAGACAAUAUUUCAUUCCAGUUAAACUUCAAGCUCACAUUUCAAUUAACUGCAUUUAAUUUUAAAAGCUAAGCUUAUUACAGUAAGCAUAUCCUAUUCAAAAUAAAUUCUUUAGUCAGGAUCAAAGUAUCAUACAUUUAUUAUGUACUCUUUAAUUAAACAUUUGUUUUCUGUUAAAUUGAUUUUGACUAAUGAAAUUAUUUGCUUCUUAUUAACAUCCUUAACUUUUUGCCGGAUAUAUCUUUUUGCCAUUCCUCACCACAAACCCUUUCGGCGGGGGAUACCAAUUCAUCGAGUUUGCUUGUUUUACCUUCAGCCCCAAUAUGGGUAAUAGUUUAUGAAUUUAUUAUCAUUAUUGUGUAAAAAAUGGUUGAAUACAUGUAAUGUUUUGUACUUACACAUGAGUUCCAUUACUAGUGCAAGGCCAUCAAGGACAGUGAUUCAGGAGAAUUCUUUAUGCAUGAUAUAACUUCUUCAACUUGAAUAUAAUGUCUGUAAAUUUUAGUAUUCUGCUUGUAUGUUUGACCUGUAUUAUGGUGUAAAUUAAUGAAUAUGAAGUACACAAAAUGGUAUUACUUAAGAUGAAAAGAAACUAGGGUAUCGUAAGCAGUUCAGUUCUAGUGCUUUCAUAAGUGCAUCAGAGAGACAGACAGAAAUAUGAGGCAUAAACUUGAUGUUUGGGCCCUAUGCAAUUUUCCUGGUGCAGCACAGUGCAGCUGUGCCACUGUGUACUAUCUCACUACUUUGAAUGAAAAAAAAUAAUUGUAUUACAUUGAGUGAUAGUUUUGUUAUUGAAUCAUGCAUUGGGGACCAUAUAGGACUUUAAAUAUUAAUCACUUUAGGAGAAUCUUGCUGGAUUUUGAGCGGAUUUAAGCUACAGGAUGGCGAACCCGCAUGACUUGGAUACCAUACACACAGAAAAAAACCAUCUUGAAUCAAGUGACAUUUUGCCGAUAUUUUCCUUAUUAGUUGACGGAUUUUUAUAAAAUUCAGUGUGUCAGCAAAAUAAGUGCUUUCCUCUGCACAAAGCAUCUGCCAUUAGUUCUCAGACAGGUACUGAUUGCAGACGUUUUGUGAAGAGGAAAGCACACUUUUUCCUUUCUUCCAAGUUCUUUUAUCUUACGAAAAUCCGUCAAGUACCGUAAAAAGGAAAAUAUAGGCAAAAUUCUACCUGAAUUGGGACAUUUUCUCCAUGUGUGGGAUAUCCAAAAGUCUGGUAUGUAUGUUGGCCACCCUGAACUGUAUUACAUACAUUUGUAAAGCAUACUUAAUGUUGGUUAACCCUUAGCCUGCUAAAUUUCCUAAAUGGACUGGUCCAUCAUUAAAUUUGGGCAAUACCAUUUAUUAUUUGAAGGGGUGUUCACUGAAAAUUUACUGACUGAAUAGCGAACAGUGCAGACCAUGAUCAGACUGCACGGAUGUGCAGGCUGAUCUUGGUCUGCACUGGUCGCAAAGGCUAAAAUAUUUGCCGUCAGCAGGCUAAAGGUUAAGUAAAGGUGAGAAUAGUUGAAAGCUUGUAUCAUAUUAGCCCAAACUUCAGCAUAUAUCCACUACACUGUUAAUAUGUAUUUUGCAAAAAUGUGCAAUAUUUAAUAAAACAUUGAAAUAUG